AUGGAUGAAUUCCCAGAUCCGGAUGAAGAAUAUGAAAUAAUGCAUCUGGAAGAAAUGGAAGCAAUGGAAGAAAUGGAAAGGGAAACGAAUAUGGUACAUAAAUCAUCCGAGGUAAAAAAGUCAAAAAAUUCACUUAACUUUUUCGAAAAUGGCGAUGAACUAUAUGAUUGCAUGGAAUUGGAUGUUAACGAAAGGGAUGAUGAUCAUGGGGUCAAUCAUUUAAAUUCAAAGAAAAGAUCAUUGUCCAAUUCGUUAAUUGAAUUAAAUUCUGAUUUGGAGGUGGUUGAAAAACCAGUUAAAAAGCAAAAAAUUAAUAUUCCCAUCGAUAAUAAAAAAAAUGAAUCGAAUGGCAAUCCUCAUGAGUUUGGUGUCACUUCUUUUAGAGUACCCAAUUGGCCAUUUAUUACCAUAAGUACUUGUGAUGGUGAUAGGUUAUAUGUUAAAUUAAAAAAAGAAUCUGAUGAUUGUGGAAAUGACACUUCUUCUCAAUACAAUGUUGAAAAAGGAAAAAAAAAUUUAUUAAAAGUUCCAUGCACCGUUUUAAGAAAUAUUAUUGAAGAGUCGUAUGCAGAAAGUUUACUGAACAGCAGGACAGAUGAUGGUCAAGGUAAUGAAAAUGAAGAAGAGAAGUUAAUCGACAGUUCUGAUCUAUGGGUGGAAAAAUUCAGACCGAAAACAUAUUUUGAUCUUCUGAGUGAUGAAGCAGUUAACAGAACUUUGUUGAAUUGGUUGAAAAUGUGGGACAAAGUUGUUUUCAACAAAGAACCAAAAAUAAAAUUCCACACAAAGGAAAAUGAUUUUAAAUUUAACUUAAAUAAAAAAUUUGAUUCCGAUGGUAGACCAUAUUAUAAAAUUGCACUGCUUUGUGGUCCUCCUGGUCUGGGUAAAACGACAUUAGCUCAUAUAGCAGCUGUGAUUGCUGGGUACAAUGUUAUCGAAGUUAAUGCCAGUGAUGAUAGAAGUAUUGAAGCGAUAACAUCGAAAUUAAACAGUGCUACUCAAAUGCAAACUGUGACUGGGAAAAAAAAACCAAAUUGUGUCAUAUUCGAUGAAAUUGAUGGAGCACCUUCUCAAACGGUAGAUUUUAUAUUAAAGUACCUUGGUAGCAAGCAAAAAGAAAAAACCAAAGAUAAUAAUAAUAGUAAAAAGGAAAAAAAUGAAAAAACUGUAAAAAGACCUGUGAUUUGCAUAUGUAAUGAAUUGUACACACCAUCGCUGAGGAAUUUGAGGCAGAAAGCUUUCGUCAUUCAUUUUCCAAAUACAUCAUCGACCAAAUUAAUACAGAGAUUGAUGGAAAUAUGUAAAAGGCAAGAAAUAAAAACUGAUUUAACAGCAAUUUCCCUUCUAUGCGAUAAAGCACAAAAUGAUAUUAGAUCUUGCAUAUCAACUCUACAUUUUUUUAAAAAUAAAAAGGGUGAAAGAUUUAAAUCGUCAGAUGUGUUAAAAUCGGUUUUGGGAUUGAAAGAUGUGCAAAAAAGUGUUUUUAACAUCUGGAAAGAAAUUUUUUAUAAUCCGAUUCAAAAAUCUGGUAUAUUUGCAAAAACAUUAAGCCUGUUUUCUGAAAAUAAACCUGUGUCGAAUGUACACUACAGCAAGGAGGGAAUGGAUAGAUUGGAUAACAUUGUACAAAUAUGUCAAUCAUAUGGAGAGUAUGAACGAUUAGUCGAUGGAGUCUAUGAGAAUUUUUUAAAAUCGAGAUUUUCAGGGAAUCAAAAUUCUAUUGUUACCGGUUUGGAGUGGUUUUGUUGGUUUGAUCUUCUGGAUACGACAAUCAAGAAAAAACAAAAUUAUACAUUGAUGUCUUAUUUGCCAUACUGUUUUGGAGCUUGGCAGCUUUUGUAUUCAUCGAAUGGUUUUUGCAAAUUGAAUUAUCCUUCUGCCAGUUACGAAAAUCGAACGAAGGAAAUGAAAUGUAAUCAAAUAUUAUGCGACGUAUUAAGAGGACUUAAUCCAACGUUAAGAUCAUUCAAUCAAAAGCAAAAUUUAAUAUUUGACACUCUGCCUAUGAUUAAUUUUAUCCUUAAUCCGGAAUUAAGGCCCGUUAAUCCGGCACUUUUUAACGAGGACGAAAAAAAUAGUUUCAAACAUUUAAUUGAUGUUAUGGUUGAAUUUAAUUUUAAUUACAUACAGCAAAGAUCUCCCGACGGAACGUAUUCUUUUCAAUUAGAUCCGAACGUGGAUGAAAUAAUAAAAUUUUCGUCGUUGACCACGACGAAUGUACGACGACUCUUGCCGAGAACACAUUCGUACAACAUGAAACAAAUAAUAUCACACGAGGUCGAAGUUGAAAAAAUGAGAAGAGUGGAGGGUGGUGGAGGUGUGGAGGGUGCGACGGAGACAUCAGGGGCGAGUGUCGUCACCCCCGCUACGACCAACACAGAUCCGAAGGAAAAUUUCAAACCUCCCACCGUCCAGCCGAAAAAAAUUCAAAAAGAAGACACCGUAAGUGACCACAAUUAUUAUUAUUAUUAA